GACAAGUCAAGCAAACUGUCUCAUAUAAAAGGCUAAACUAUACUCCUGGAGCAACACACUGAAGUUUUUCUGCAGCGAGUAAUAAAGGGGCAAGGAUUUCUUGAGGACUUUGCUGUUAGAUUGCAAUGGCAAAGAAAACACCUGCAGCAAUGUGUUGGCAGAAGGCUGAACUAAACUUCUGGGCUUUUUCAGGUCACCUUGUGAUGAAAGAAAACGGAGCUGACCAUGACAUUGCUAUGGAGGGACUUAACGAUCUGUUCGUAGGCAACUGCGAUGGUGCAGGAGAGUCUGAGACAAAUGAUCAGGUUUUCCAGCAUCUAACGUGCAUGGAUUCCAGGGAUCCACUGUUUGGCCAGAGUGACUCUCCUGCUGCCUUGCCCAUCACAGUCCACCUCUUGGGCAGUUCUGCCUCCUCGGCUGUGCCGGCACGGCCACCCCAGCCACGGGCUCCCUCUGCAGAGGAGUUCCAGCUGGCAGACCAAACCAGGCAGCCUCUCUGUGAGCUGCAGCCCCCAGGAGGGCCCAGUGCACCCAUGAUGAUUGUUGCCAGCCAGUCAGAAGAUGGACAGGUGCUGCAUGUCAUUCCUUCCGCUCAGCCAGGAGUGACCCAAGUGAUUAUUCCUCAAGGUCGGCUUCUGGAUGUGACCAGCACACAGGAUGCUUCGGAAGAGAACUGUGGCGAUGGGAACCUGCAGACUGUGGUGGUGGCUGCUAUAGCAGACAGUGCAAGCAGUUACAUUCUACACCCACAGGCAUCUCUCACUGUAUCAAAAAAAACAACCACCAGGGUAAUGGAAGAUCCUUUUCACAUCCCUCACCAGCCUUUGCCACUAAAUACCCCUGCAUGGGCACGCUGUCUCAGGAACUGUGAGAAAAUUGGGGACUCGUACCGCGGCUAUUGUGUGAGUGAGACAGAAUUAGAGAGUGUUCUAACGCUACACAAGCAGCAAACACAAAGUGUGUGGGGGACACGCCAGUCUCCAAGCCCAGCCAAACCCGCCACACGGUUGAUGUGGAAAUCUCAGUAUGUCCCAUAUGAUGGGAUCCCCUUUGUCAAUGCAGGAAGCAGAGCCAUUGUAAUGGAGUGUCAAUAUGGGCCAAGGAGGAAAGGUUUCCAGCCCAAAAAAGCUGGUGAGCAGGAAAGCACCUCUGGCCAUCUGUACAAAGCCACUUGUCCAGCAAGAAUCUAUAUUAAAAAGGUUCAGAAGUUUCCAGAAUACAGGGUUCCUACUGAUCCUAAAAUUGACAAGAAAAUCAUAAGAAUGGAGCAGGAGAAAGCAUUCAACAUUCUGAAGAAGAACUUGAUAGAUGCUGGCGGUAUCCUCAGGUGGUAUGUACAGUUACCCACUCAGCAAGCCCACCAAUACCAUGAAAUGGAAACGUCCUGCCUCCCUCCUUCACCCUCCCAUUUUCCUGUGUCUUCUCCUGAGGAGGAGGAGGAGGUUGUGAGAGAUGAGAACUGUGCUCUGCCUUCUCGACUUCAUCCUCAAGUGGCAGACAAGAUCCGAGAACUGGUGUCUCAGGGAAUAGAGCAGGUCUAUGCAGUGAGGAAGCAACUAAGAAAGUAUGUGGAAAGAGAGUUAUUCACGCCUGAUGAAGUGCCAGAAAGACAUAAUCUGUCCUUCUUCCCCACUGUGAAUGACAUCAAGAACCACAUUCAUGAAGUACAGAAGUCCCUAAGGAAUGGAGAGAUGGUGUAUAAUUCAGAAAGUAUCCCAGCAAUGCUGCAAUGGACCACGGACAGUGGGAAUGUCCUCACAGAAACAGUGACUGUUACAUUUGCCUCACCACCUUCAGAUGGGAGCUCAGGAGGGGAGUCAGUCAUCACCAAAGCAGAAUCUAACCAGAGUGGGGAGUCCUUGCCACCAGAAACAUUCCAGCUGUUGUCUUCACUCUCUUCCCUUCAGCCCAAGAUAUUUGCACAACUUCAGGGAUUACAGCUGCAGUCAGCAUUUACCUCCACAAAUGGAUCAACAGCCCUGAUAGCUGUAAAUAACCAUUCCCCUCCCAGCCCUGCAAGUCUCCUGGAUUCCCUAGGGAGUGCAAUAACCAGCCAUUCUCUAACACUUAAUCAGGGACAUAACCUGCAAGCAGGUGCUGGCCUAACACAGCACGGUGCUGCUGCCUCUGCUUUUGGGACUCCACCUGGCUCUGAUCAAAGUCUGGCUGCCAUAGGCCAGUUGGUACCAGCUGGAGGCGUAAAUGACUCCAGAAGCCUGCAAGGAGUUCAUCAGAUUCUCUUGGGAGAUGUACAGACUAUUCCAGUUCAGAUUGUGGACAACCAGCCAGCACUUACUGAAGAAAAUACGGAGGGUAUUACCUGUGUGAGCCAAGUUAAACAAGAGCCAAGAGAAAAAGCGUUGUCUAUGGAGCCAGAUAAAAUCAGAGACUGCCAUAGUUCCUCACCAUAGUUCUUCACCUACACCUGUGAAGCCUGGAAGGAUUUUUCAAAUUGGAGAACUCUAAUGUCUUGGAAGGAAAGGCAGGUGCUCUCAAAGUCCUGCCAUUCUUUUUUAAUUGUAUUGUGACAUUUAGACUAAGCAUACUUUAGAGUUGUUCUGACAGAAAGCUGUUUUGAUUUGACUGAUGUGGCUCACUGCCAAUUCCAGGUCAUUCAGUUGCCCUGUGGAACACCACCUCUCUCUUCUGUUUCAAGCUUUGAGUAAUUUGAUUGCUAUCCAAAUGGCCCAUUUUGGUUAAUGUUUCUGAAGGUCUUCCACAGUUUAAUUCCUUAGCUUUAAAGUGUGGAUCACAAUGCUGGGUUUGCUUUUUCUCCUUGAGACCCUCGACUGUUGUUGCACUACAGAGACCAUAGAAUCUGUCAGCUCCAAGAUCACAGAAUCCAAUGGCAAAGUUGAUCAGUAUGGCAAUGGUUUUGUGACAAAAUGAAGGUCAGGAUGCUAAACUGCAAAGUGAUAAAGGACAUGGAUGCUUAAGAAAAUGCAACUUCGACCUGAUCAUAAUGUUAAUGGUGUGAAGAUCAAGGAGAGGAGAAAGGUGAGGCUGCCAGGUGAAUGUAAGGUUGUGUGAUGAAGAAAAGAGUGUGAAUUGUAACGGUGAAUGUUUUCAACUUUGACAUCUUUGAACUUGUGUUCUGGCUUUAUGAUGAGGUUCAUUGCUGCAUGCAGCCUUCCUUUGCAGUGGCACUGUAUUAGCAGUCGGUCGUAACAACUAAAUGCAGGAGUCUUGUCUCAUGGAGAAUGACGGAUGCUGCCAUUUCAGCUUACCUGUCGUUUGCUUUAUGCACUUAAAGCUGCCAGCUCAGAUAAAUGUGAUUUAACCUGCUGCUGUUCAUGAUGUAGGGCUUGUAAUGUAAGCAUUCCUAACAAGCCCAAGAAAGCAAAGCGAUAUAAAUCCAAGCAAUAUGUCCAAAUGUGCUGUCACUAUAGCAUUCAGAAAACAAACUCAUCUUUUUGAACAGUGACAUCUUCUAAGACUAAAAUGGUCCAUGUCAUUAAAAUAAUUAGCAGGAAUCUUUAGAAAUUGAAUGUGAUAAAAAAAUUAUCUUUUAGCAAUAUUUAAGUCAAAGCCAUAAUAGGUGACAAGCACUGAGUUGUGUAAUCUGUGACAGACGUGUUUCUUUAUGUUUCUUUGGGCAGACAUGUCAAUUUAAAGCCCUAAAUGAAAUUAAACUGAUACCAACACAGAUAUCAAGGUAAACAAUUACAUUGUUUGCUUCAGAUGAUGAAUUCCGAGAGCAAUAUUCAGAAUACUUCGUAUACAGCAAUAGGAGCAGUUCUGUUAUUAGUUCCUACUUAGUGGUCGAGAGCUUGAUCAUAAAAUUACAAGGUUUUUUUCUGUAUGCUGUGGAAGAAUGCAGUCUGGGAACUUUUCUGUUUCUAUGACUUGAAAACAAACAAACAAAAAAAACCCAGGAAAAUGAUUAGUUUGUUUAUGUAGAGUAGAAAGUAUUGCAAAUAUUAUGUGAACCAAAAUAUUUGCAUUUUUAAAUUGUUACAUUUACUAACUUACAUUCAAGCGUUCACAAACAUCAUCUAAAUAGUGGACAUUUAAAAUUAUUUUUUUCAUUUUCUUUUGAGCAUUUCAAAAAUCUUACACUGAACUUGUGUUCCAAAUGCCUUUAUGGGCAGCAUUUGUUAGGUAGGUGCUAUAUCUUAGUCUUAACAUACAUUAACUCCUGUGAGGUUAACUAGCAUUGUGAAUGCUCUUUGUUUAAAGCUAAUGUUUAAGGGUUAGCUCCCAUUAGAACUUUCCUACAGGAUCAUGCUCUUAUUAAAUAAGAGCCAGUAUUUUAUCAUGCAAGUGCAUAAAAAAAAUCUCUUUUUUUUUUGAGCCUCUCAUAUUUAGUUUCUACACUGAAUUGUUUUGUGGUAUAUCCUACUUGUUUCUGGCUAAAGACAAUUCCACAAGGUGCACCUGCGUUUUUUUUGGACUAUUUGUUUGGUUGGGUUUGGUUGGUUUGGUUGCUGUUGUUGUUAAUUGUGAACAUUUGUCCAAAAUGGAUGUCCUCUGCUGCAGUCAUAGUUCUGGAGCAGUCAGGUAGCAGUCACCUUUUCUUUUCCAACUCAAUAACUGCAUACCAGAACAGGUACCUCCUUCUGUGUUACUGUAUUCAAUGAUUCCAUCACCUUUGGUUUUUCUUAGAGUUUAAACUAGUGCAUUCCAGACUAUCUUAUCUUUCUCAUAUGUUAUAUUGCUCAUUUUUUUUGAGAAUUUUUCCUCAUUUUUUAGAAUACUUAUUCUCAAAAGAAUAAACUACAGCCAAAGAUUACCAGCAAGAUGUUAUUUCAGUUUUAGUUCUCUUCAAAGCAAACAAUACGUUUAUGGUUGGAGUGAAAGCUUAAGGAAAGAGAAGUUACAUUUCCAUCAGUUCUUACUUAGUUCCCUCAUUAACAUUUCUGUUCUUUAACAGUCACUGUUCUUUCCACCAUAAGCUACAGCCUCAUCCUGUGCUGAACAAUAUUUCUGACAGUACUUCUAUUUUUGGCUUAGUGCUCACAGCUGGAGGAAAUACUCUUUUAGUCCAUCUUGAAUUGCAGGCUGCAAAAUUAAUUCUACCCCGAUUUGCAUGGCAUUCUGAAAACAAUAGAAGAAAAAGUUGGAGGAAAUUUAAAGAAGCAGUAAGGAAUUAGUUGGUUUUAAAAGCUGGGGAUUAGACUUGUAAUUCUGUUCGUCAAAAAAUUUAUUUGAAAUGCGUCUUCAGCCAAUAUUCACAUUUUUGUUUUCCAUUUUCUUCAU